GUCCCUUUGCUCUAAUUGGCUCAGGCUCUCUGACGUCACGGCUGCGACCUUUCACACGACCAAUCAGCGGGAAGGAAAUGCGGGAAUCGUUUUUUUUCACCUCACCCGGAAGGGGCGGGGUACAGUUUCAGAAGCAGCCAAUGGGCGGCUAGGAGGCGGGGCACCCGUGGGAGCGGCGGCGGGAACUGUCGCGAGUCCGGAGGCGGGUGGCCCGCUCUGCAUCCAUGGAGCCAGCCGAGGGGCCGAGUACAGAACUUGCUAAGUCCAUCAAACCUAUCGAUGGGAGGUCAAUCCACCAGAUUUGUUCUGGGCAGGUGGUAUUGAGUCUAAGCUCUGCCGUGAAGGAGUUGAUAGAAAACAGCGUGGACGCCGGUGCCACUAGCAUUGACCUAAGGCUUAAAGACUUCGGGGUGGAUCUCAUUGAAGUUUCAGACAAUGGAUGCGGGGUAGAAGAAGAAAACUUUGAAGGUUUAACUCUGAAACAUCACACUUCUAAGAUUCAAGAGUUUGCCGACCUAACGCAGGUUGAAACUUUUGGCUUCCGGGGGGAGGCUCUGAGCUCACUUUGUGCACUGAGCGAUGUCACUAUUUCAACCUGCCACUCAUCUGCGAAGGUUGGGACUCGACUGGUGUUUGAUCACAAUGGGAAAAUUGUCCAGAAAACCCCCUACCCGCGACCCAGAGGGACGACGGUCAGUGUACAGCAGUUGUUUUAUACUCUACCUGUGCGCCAUAAGGAGUUUCAAAGGAAUAUUAAAAAGGAGUAUGCCAGGAUGGUCCAGGUCUUCCACGCGUACUGCAUCAUUUCUGUAGGCGUCCGUGUCAGCUGCACCAACCAGGUCGCACAAGGGAAACGACAGCUCGUGGUUGGCACGAGCGGAAGCUCCAGCAUCAAGGAAAACAUCGGAUCUGUGUUUGGGCAGAAACAGUUGCAAAGCCUCAUUCCUUUUGUUCAGCUGCCCCCUAGUGACAGCGUCUGUGAAGAGUUCGGCUUGAGCUGCUCUGAUUCUCUCCAUAAUCUGUUUUGUAUCUCAGGUUUCAUUUCUCACUGUACUCAUGGCGUUGGAAGGAGUUCAACAGACAGACAGUUUUUCUUUAUCAAUCGGCGGCCUUGUGACCCAGCAAAGGUUUCCAGACUUGUGAACGAGGUCUAUCACACGUAUAAUCGUCAUCAGUACCCAUUUGUUGUUCUUAACAUUUCUGUUGAUUCAGAAUGUGUUGAUAUCAAUGUUACUCCGGAUAAAAGGCAAAUUUUACUACAAGAGGAGAAACUUUUGUUGGCGAUUUUAAAGACGUCUCUGAUAGGAAUGUUCGAUAGCGUUGUCAACAAACUGGACGUCAGUCAGCAGCCUCUGCUGGAUGGCGAAGGUAAUGCCAUAAAAUCGCGCUCGGUGGACGUGGAGGAGCCUCCGGCCGAGGUGCAGGGCACCCCCGCUCCGUUCGGGACUCGGGGAGAAGAGAGAAGGGCGGUGGCCGUUUCGAGGCUGCGGGAGGCCUUUUCUCUCCGUCACUCGGCAGACAAGCAGCCUCGGGGCCUGAGGCCUGCUGACCUGAGCCGCCUUCCUCGGGGACAGAAGAGCAGCGCCCCGGCCCUCCACCCUUCGGGCGCCCCGUGCCCCCCGAUGCCCAUCUCCGGCGCCGGCUCCUCGGGGCCUCGGGUGGAGGCGAUGAGGUCGGAUGGGGGCGAAGUGGACGCGGGGAAGGAUUCGGGCCACAGCAGCACCCCAGUCGGCUCCGAGGAGGGGUUCAGCACCCCAGAAACGGGCAGUCGCUCCAGCGGGGACCGUGCAGCCAGCUCCCCCGAUGACAGGUUUUCACAAGAAAAUGCGGAGUCUUGUGAGAAGUUGCCUGAACCCGAGCAUCGUUUUUCAGACGUGAAAUGCCAUGUUGGCCAAGAAGAUAAUGGCUAUAAAUUUAGAGCUUUGCCUCAGCCAGCUGAUGUCUCCCCGUCAAACACGAAGCGUUUUAAAAAAGAAGAAAUUCCUUUAAAUUCCGACAUCCCUCGGGAGUCGGUUACUACUCAGGACGUGUCAGUGUCUCAGGUUGAUGUGGCUGUGAAAAUUAAUAAGAAAAUGGUGCCCCUUGACUUUUCUAUGAGUUCUUUGGUGAAACGGAUAAAGCAGUUACAUCACCAAGAACAGCAAAGAGAGAGUGAACAGAAUUACAGGAAGUUCAGGGCAAAGAUUUGCCCUGGAGAAAAUCAAGCAGCAGAAGAUGAACUGAGAAAAGAGAUAAGUAAAACAAUGUUUGCAGAAAUGGAAAUCAUUGGUCAGUUUAACCUGGGAUUUAUAAUCACCAAACUGGACGCGGAUAUCUUCAUAGUGGACCAACACGCGACGGACGAGAAAUACAACUUCGAGAUGUUACAGCAGCACACAGUUCUCCAGGGUCAGAGGCUUAUAGCACCUCAGAUUCUCAACUUAACUGCUGUCAAUGAAGCUAUUCUGAUAGAAAAUCUGGAGAUAUUCAGAAAGAAUGGUUUUGAUUUUAUUAUCGAUGAAAGCGCUCCAGUCACUGAAAGGGCUAAAUUGGUUUCCUUGCCAACUAGUAAAAACUGGACCUUUGGACCUCAGGACAUAGAUGAGCUGAUCUUUAUGCUCAGCGACAGCCCCGGGGUUAUGUGCCGGCCUUCCCGCGUCAGGCAGAUGUUUGCCUCCAGAGCCUGUCGGAAGUCGGUGAUGAUCGGAACUGCUCUUAACACAGGUGAGAUGAAGAAACUCAUCACCCACAUGGGUGAGAUGGACCAUCCCUGGAACUGUCCCCACGGAAGGCCGACCAUGAGACACAUUGCCAAUCUGGAUGUCAUUUCCCAAAACUGACAUGUUUUUCAUUGAACUAUAAAUCUUAUUGCAGAUUUUUCUGCUUUGAAAGGCAGGGUUUUAGUCUUUUGUUUUUGUUUCAAAGUUAACUGACUACUUUAAAAAAAGUACCAGAGCCGUUUAGAAAUGGCCUCGCGAACCUUUUAGAACCGUGUGGAGCAUGGCUUGCCUUGUUUUUCUGUUCCGCAUUUGAGUGUGUGUGCGUGUGUGUGUGUGUGUCUGUGCGUGUCUAUGUGCAUUCAGGCAAGAGCAUGUUUUACAGAACUAGGAAGAGCACUUUGGAAGUUACUCAGGCCUUUGCUUUGGCCCAGCAUAUUUUAGGCUUCUGUUUUAAGCACUUGAUGAUUAAAUUUGCAGUGGUUUAAUUUCACAAAUUUAAAAUUAUGGUCUUUUGAGGUUAGUGGUUUUUAUCAUGAGACACAUUAAAUUAAAACAAAACAAAACCAGGAAGAAUCCAGAAAACUCAACUGGGACUCUCUGCCUAGCUGGGAAAAACGACCUGGUGGGGCUGGAGUCAUGGUUUUUAAAUAUUUCCUGCUGCUGCUGGGGCGUCACAGCCCUGUUGUAGGUGAGAGGAAAUAAAAGGUUCUCUGUUGCCUGUAA